AUGGCGAAUGCAGGGGGCUUGAAGCUCGGGUUUUACGAGUCUUCGUGUCCUGAAGCCAAGGAAAUUGUUCAUAGAAUUACUAAGCAAUAUGUUGGUCAUGUUCACAACUUUGCUGCUGGUUUGAUUAGAAUGAACUUCCACGACUGUGCUGUUAGGGUAAUUGGACCCUUAGAUGUUGCUGCAGCUUUUGACACUUUUGGAGCUGCACCUUUUGAAGCAUUUGCAGCUGCACUUUUUGAAGCAUUUGCAGCUGGAGGUCUUCCCCUCUUUUUACCAGACUUGGCAGCAGGUUAUGUGGUUGAUCUGGUGGUUGAAUUAGGAGGUGCUGUUGUAGUAGAUGAUAUUUGUUGUAAGGUUGCAGCACCUGUUUGGCUUGAUGUUGUUCCAGCAAAGGUGGGUGCAACAUUUUUAAGUCUGCCACCCUUGUUAAUCUCAGCAUUGACUGGGGCAGGUGGAUUCUUGCAAGUCUUCUAA